GUGUUGUGGCGGUAUGGCGUAUAGAUAAAAUCUUCGCAGAGUGGGAAAGUAAUGGAGGAAUUAUAAGCGAAGAAACUCUCGUUCCUACAUUUCACGUUACUGCACAUAAUUCUUAUGUACGUCAUAUAUCAUGGAACUCGAUCGAUAACCCUACGCAUAUUAUGACCUGUGGUCAUGAUGGAAAAUUGCAAAUGUUUGAAGAACGAGAUCCUUGGAUAAAACAUCUAUUUCAAAAGAUCCGAUCAUUUAUGAUAACUUUUACAUGGGCAGCCCACUAUAACGUCAUUUAUUUUGCAGAUUCUGAAAAUUCAAUAAGAUUUAUUCAAAUGGAAGAUCCUAAAAAGACUACUGCUGGUCUGAUACUGCACCGUGGUUGUGUCUGGGGAAGCGCCUCAUCCUAUUUUCAUCCUUUUAUUGCUUCCUGCGCUGCUGAUGGAAUGGUAAAAAUUGCUAAUAUAUGUCGUUUGAGGGAUCGGCAUCAAAGACCUGUUCAAGUUACUGUUUAUCGGCUCACUUUUAAUGGAAAAGAAUUUAGAUAUUGGGACAAUAUCAAAGCUGAGGAAACUACGUUUAACAAUCUAACCUAUGAGAAUAUGCCUGCUCCAAAAUUUUCCUCUGAGGAAGCCAUCCAACGAGUUUCGUGGUGUCCUAAUGAGUGUGCAGGGGUAUGGUUAGCCUCGGGAGGAGCUGGAGGGUUAGUGAGAAUUGAUUGCACUGAAUGGGAAUAA